CGCGUUUUCUCGGCGCCUACCGCCCCGCCGCUCCGGCCCGGCUCGCAAUCUCGGCUGGAGCCGGCGCCCUGGAGGGAGGGUUCGAAUCCGCGCGAAGGAGCCCCAGCGUGCGAGGGGUGCGGAGCAGCGCCAGCAUGAAGCAGCCACCUGUGCCCUGUUGAAACUUCAUGGCCACAGCCCCAGGCCCUGCUGGCAUUGUCAUGGGCAGCGUGGGCAGCCUGUUGGAACGCCAGGACUUCUCCCCUGAAGAGCUGCGGGAGGCACUCGCAGGGUCCCGGGGCUCCCGCCAGCCUGAUGGGCUCUUCCGGAAAGGCUUGGGCCAGCGUGAGAUCCUCAGCUACCUGCACCUCCCCAAGAAGGACAGCAAGACCACCAAGCGGGCCUCUCGGAAUGAGCCUGCCGACUAUACCACCCUCUACUACCGGGAGCAUCCUCGGGCCGGUGACUUCAGCAAGACUUCGCUGCCUGAGCGGGGUCGAUUUGACAAGUGCCGCAUUCGCCCAUCGGUGUUCAAGCCAGUGGCGGGCACCGGGAAAGGCUUCCUGUCCAUGCAGAGCCUGGCGGCCCACAAGGGCCAGAAACUGUGGCGCAGCAACGGCAGCCUGCACACGCUGGCCUGCCACCCGCCCCUGAGCCCAGGGCCCCGGGGCAGCCAGGCCCAGGCCCGCGCCCAGCUGCUGCACGCCCUCAGCCUGGACGAGGGCGGCCCCGAGCCCGAGCCUAGUUUGUCCGACUCCUCUAGCGGGGGCAGCUUUGGCCGCAGUCCCAGCACCGGCCCCGGCCCCUUCAGUUCCUCUCUGGGCCACAUUAACCACCUGGGGGGCUCCCUGGACCGGGCCUCCCGGGGCCCCAAGGAGGGUGGGCCGCUGGGUGUGCUGAACUGCCUGCCCGAGCCACCACCCCCCUACGAGUUCUCCUGCCCCACCGCCGAGGAGAUGGUGGCUGUGCUGCCCGACAGCUGUGAGGAGCUCAAGAGGGGCCUCGGUGACGAAGAUGGCUCCAGUCCCUUCACGCAGGUGCUGGAGGAGCGCCAGCGGCUGUGGCUGGCUGAGCUGAAGCGCCUGUACGUGGAGCGGCUGCACGAGGUGGCCCAGAAGGCUGAGCGCAGUGAGCGCAACCUCCAGCUACAGCUGUUCAUGGCCCAGCAGGAGCAGCGGCGCCUGCGCAAGGAGCUGCGGGCACAGCAGGGCCUGGGCCCUGAGCCCCGGCCUCCAGCUGCCCUCCCAGAGGCUGAUCCCAGCGCCCGACCAGAGGAGGAAGCCCGAUGGGAGGUGUGCCAGAAGACAGCGGAGAUCAGCCUCCUGAAGCAGCAGCUGCGGGAGGCCCAGGCCGAGCUGGCGCAGAAGCUGGCUGAGAUCUUCAGCCUGAAGACGCAACUUCGGGGCAGCCGGGCACAAGCCCAGGCCCAGGACACGGAGCUGGCCCGGCUGCGUGAGGCCGUGCGGAGCCUGCAGGAGCAGGCGCCUCGGGAGGAGGCCCCGGGCAGCUGUGAGACGGAUGACUGCAAGAGCAGGGGGCUGCUGGGGGAGGCAGGGGGCAGCGAGGCUGGAGACGGGGCCGAGCAGCUGCGGGCUGAGCUGCUGCAGGAGCGGCUCCGGGGCCAGGAGCAGGCGCUGCGCUUCGAGCAGGAGCGGCGGACGUGGCAGGAGGAGAAGGAGCGGGUGCUGCGCUACCAGCGGGAGAUCCAGGGGGGCUACAUGGACAUGUACCGCCGCAACCAGGCUCUGGAACAGGAGCUGCGGGCGCUGCGGGAGCCCCCCACACCCUGGAGCCCUCGGCUCGAGUCCUCCAAGAUCUGAGGCCCACGGAGCGAGCUGACAGCAGAACCACUGUCAGGAGACGGCUUGAACCAGCCCGUCCUGAGACAGCCGGCUCCUUCCUUACGUUGGUCUGGGGCAGAAUCUGCUGAGACCAGCCAGGGACGGGGAGACUCGCCGAGAGGAGGGAUCCAGUGGGGCUGUGGGCUGGAUGGGCUGCCAGUGGCAGGAGCCAGGGCAAGGUGCUCCUGGCUGAGGAGCACCGAGGCAGGGCCCGGCCCUGCUCCCUGGAAUAGGCGUGGCCCAGGAAAGGAGGUUGGGCAGUGAAGAGCCCAUGAUGCAGAAGGGCAGGCAUGAGGGAGGGAGGCUGCAAUGGGAACACUGGCCUCCCCAGAAUAAAAUCACAUUUUCUACGAGGA